GUUUCCCACGCGGACCUCCCCGACGCAAGCGACUGUCACUGUUUCGCAAACAAACAACAGUCCAAAGCCAGCGCAGAGAUCGCGCAACGUGGUGUGUGUGCGCGCCCAGGCAAGUCAGCAAGUUUCCGGGCACCGGCGUCCCUGGCUCACUCCUCCGCCAGCAAGCGUGUGUCACGCCCCGCCACCCUCUUGCGCCAGUCGCCCGCGUAUUCCAGCGACCCGCGGCCGAGCGAGGUCGGGCACCGCAAGCCGUUGGCAUUGUUAAACACUUACUUCACCUCGCGGACUGCGCGCAUACCGAGGGACAAGUGGAACGCGAGGCGAAAGCGCGGGAAAAGCCAUUCGGAUGGCGGCCUGAUUUCCGCGCUUGGCCUGCGCGGCCGCCAAACUUGUGUUGGCUCCCUGCGUGCUGCGACACAUAGAAGCAUUCGUUAUAGUCGCCUAGCCUCCGCAUCCGGCGGAACAGCGAACUGGAGCCUCUGGCCUUGCUCUUUCCUCCAGCCUGUCCUCCCUGCUUCCCACGCUCACAACUGCACACCAACUCAACUGCAAUGGCAGCUCCAGUGGCCGCUACGCCCUCGGCGAGCGCGGGCUGCUCGGUGCGAGCCAAGGACGUUUUCGCCAAAGGCAGUCGGCUGAGCUCGCGCGCCGACGUCCGCGCCAUCACCAGCGACGGUGAGGAGCUGUGGCUUCACCGCAUGGUGCUGGAGAUGUGGAGCUCGCUGUUCGCGGAGCUGUGUGUGGCGGCGGAGGAGGCGCCCGAGGCGGAUGCCGGCUCCGCGCCAGGCGGCGCGCCAUCGGCGGUAGUGACCAUCCACCUCUCGGACACGGCCCAGGAGCUGCUGCCGCUGCUGUCCUGCCUCUACCCCACCCUGGCCGGCACCGGCGCCGGCGCUCGCGCCGCAAACGACGAGGAUGGCGACGCAGCCGGCCUGAGCGGCGCCAAGCUGGACGCCUCCACCGCCCUGCCGCUGCUGCGCCUCGCUGACAAGUACGACAUUCCGCACGUGAUCGCAACCGCCGCCGCCACCAUGACCGACCACGUGAUCCCGCGCCUGGCGGCGGCGCCAACCGCCGCCGCCGCCGCCAGCUACCUGCAGCUGCAACUGCCGCUGGCGGAAGGCAGCGCCGCUGCCAGUGCGGAGGAGGAGGAGGCGGAGGCGGAGGCGGGCGUGGCGGAGUGGGUGGUGUGUGCGGUGGAGGCGGCGGCGCGGCUGGGGCUGCGGGAGCUGGAGGACGCGGGUGUGGAGCUCCUCGCCGCCAAGUUCUAUGACUGGGGCCUGCAGGCCUGCCCCCACCUGCUGGUGCGGCUGGUGCACUGCCUGCCGCCCGACGCCUUGGUCGGCGGCCUGCUGUGUGCCCUCACACCCACACCGCCGCCGCCGCCGCCACCGGUGGCUCACCUCGCGGGCGAGUGCAAGGACCAGCAUGGGCCGGCGGCGAGCAGUGGCAGCAGCCGUUUGUCCAGCCGGCUGCAGCAGCGUAGCUACGCGACGGGGCUACCGCCGCACAGGCAGCCCCGCGGCCGGGCCGCGGCAGGCGGGCGGCAGGUGGCGGCGGGCGAGGGCAACGGCGGCGGCGCCGCUGUGGCGGGUGCGGUGGGUGGCGGCGGCGGACCGCGCAUUGUGCCAGUGGUGAUUGCGGCUGCGGGUCCGGCUGCCGCGGUCGCUGGCGCGCCACCGCUGCUGGGACCACACCACCACCACAACCACCACAACCACCUCAACCACCAUAACCACAACCACCACCACCACCAGUUCCACAACCACGUCGCCGCCGCUGGGCUGCCUGCGGCCGCGGCUGCGGCUGCGGCGGUGCCGCUGCAUGGGCCCCAGCCCCUGCUGCAGCCGCACCCUGCUGCUGCUGUGCCCGUCCACCCGCACCUCGCAAUGCCGGUGGCGGUGCCGGUGCCGGCGGUGGUGGCGGCGGCACCAGCUGGUGGUGGCGUGGGAGUGGGCGGCGCCGGGGGGCCGGCGGUGCAUCAGCCGCAUCCCUUUGCGGAGGUGGCCGCGGGCGGAGCUGUCGGCGGAGGAGGGGCUGUGGGUGUCCCCGUCGCCUUUGGUGCCGGUGCUGGCGCCCCGCCCCCGCCCAUGUUCCAGCACCACCACCACCACCAGCACCAGCCGCACCAGCAGCAUCAACACCAGCAGCCGGAGCCAUUCUGGGGCGGCGGCCACGCUGGAGGCGUCAUGGGCCCGCUCUAAGGAGAUUGUGUAGGUGAAAGAGGGGCCGCUGCAGGUGACAGGAUGGAAGGAUAUGCGCGCGCGAGGGGUCUAGUCGUGUGUAACGAGCGUGCGCCACAAGACCCAGAUGAGCAGUGACACGACACACAUCAUGCUAAGAUCUCACACGCGAGACUUUUGGCGACCAUCGGUUUUAUUGAGCCAGGUCUAUCGGAUGCGGAUGAGUGGUUGCCUGCUGCGCGCGGGAAACUGUACGGUACUAGGAAUGCGUGCACCAGCGCACGUGCGUGAGCGGGUGCGAGCGAGCGGGCUGUCAGGCCAGCGCGCCUGUGGUCAGGUCAAGUUGCGGACGUUCAUGGUCAGUUACUCGCCGGAAUGGGUUCUUCGUAUGAAUGCUUCUGAUACACUGAGGUCAAAUGUAGGUAGCGAGUGCGCAUGUUGUAAUUGUGUGUGGUU